AUGGACAUUGGUGGUCCAACCAAUGUCCGACACGUGGCUCACGUUACCUUUGAUCGCUUCAACGGCUUCCUUGGCCUUCCCUCUGAGUUCGAGCCUGAUGUCCCCAGAAAAGCUCCUAGUGCAAGUGCAACAGUGUUUGGGGUCUCGACAGAGUCAAUGCAGUUGUCAUACGAUUCAAGAGGCAACUGUGUUCCUGUGAUACUCUUGCUGUUGCAGAGCAGGCUAUAUGAUCAAGGAGGCUUGCAGGUGGAAGGAAUAUUCAGAAUAACAGGAGAGAACAGCGAGGAAGAGAAUGUGAGGGAGCAGCUAAACAAAGGGAUGAUACCAGAUGGGAUCGAUGUGCAUUGCUUAGCCGGGCUUAUCAAGGCUUGGUUCAGAGAGCUGCCGAGAGGUGUGCUUGAUCCUCUUCCAUCGGAGCAAGUGAUGCAGUGUGAGUCAGACGAAGAUUUCGUCAAGGUUGUGAGGCUUUUGCCUCAGAAUGAAGCUUCUCUUCUCAACUGGGCCAUCAAUCUCAUGGCUGAUGUUGUUCAGUUUGAACAUCUUAAUAAGAUGAACUCUCGUAAUCUUGCUUUGGUCUUUGCCCCUAACAUGUCUCAGAUGGCAGACCCGUUAACUGCAUUGAUGUAUGCGGUUCAAGUGAUGAAGUUGCUGAAGAGCCUCACAGAGAAAGCUCUGAGAGAAAGGGAAGCCACGUCUUCUCAGGUUGAUGCAAGUUGCAGCAAUGAAGCCGAAGAAGAUGAGAAGGAAGAAGACAACGAAGAAGAUGAAGAAGAGGAGGAGGAGGAAGAAGGAGAUGAUGUGUACAUAGUUGAGGAAGAAGCAUCAGAGAGAAUAAGAAGAGUUGCUGCUGAUGAACACAAGUCAAGAAGUGUGAAGAGUGAGCUUGAGGGACAUAGUGCUUCAGAUUCAAAGGGAGAUGGUGGAGUUUUGCAGCAGCCACCCAUUUGCAGUCCCAACCGUUUAGGAAGCAAGUGA